CUCCGCUGAUCAUGUUCAGUUCGUCGCCGAAGUCCGAACGAGUCAAGGGCAAAGUACGAAAAAAGUGGUGGCUGUUCCGCGCAACGGACUUUCAAACCUUGAUGUAUCCAUGUUUCAUUUUCUGUCGUGUUCUUGGAAUAUUUCCGUACAAGAUCAACGGUUCGACCUUCGAGUUUUCUAAAGCGUAUUACAGCUUAACGACCAUCAUUUUAGGCAUCAUCACUGCUGCAGGGCUGGCGAUACUCUACGAAAUUGACGUUUCUGCGCAGAUCAAAUUUGACGGCGUACCUGGAGGCCUUCAGUGUAAUUGCUACUUCGUACUUAGCGGUUUUAUAAUGACCGUCACGUACAUCUUGAGCAAGCCGCGAAUGCAUUUGCUCCAAACCAUGUUGGAGGUCUCCACGAGACUAUCCCCCGAAACGUAUAGAAAGAUGUCCAGGCUGAUCCAUGCUAAGGACAUAAUCGGUUUCCUCUUUCUACUCGGGCAGUUGCCGAAUUGUUUCUCCGGUUCAUUUAAUGAUUUAUUACUGAAGUUGGUAGGAAUGUACAUUACCCUGCAGGUGUUUCAAAUGGAUAUGUUGUACAUGAAUUGCGUUUGUGUACUGAAGGCCUGUUUCAAACGAAUCAACGACAAUUUGGUGAAUUUGCGAGAACUCGUGGUGAGCGAGGAGCCGCAUCUCCUCAGACGAGUCUACCACGAGCAGAGAAAUCCGUUUCUGCUAAUGGAACUUAAAGCUCUGAAGAAGCGACAUCUGAUACUCAGUGACACCGUGCAGACGCUGAACGCGAUUUUUAGUCUGCAACUUCUCGCCACAAUAGUCAUGACUUUCGCCGAAAUCACUUUCAGCUUGUACUUUUACAUAGUGCAGUGGCAAGACGGCGUAUCCAUUAUUAACUUGGAGAAACAGAUUUGGUACGCGUACUACAUCACGUCCGUAACAUAUUAUUCGAUAAAAAUAGCGUUUAUAGUAUGGGCCUGCGAUACCGGCAAGGAUCAGGCACUGCAGAUCGGUACCACCGUUCACGACGUGCUUAUUAACACCAGCGAUAAGCAAGUCAAAGACGAGUUGCAAUUGUUUUCUUUGCAAGUAUUGCAUCGUGAAAAUACAUUUUGCGCGAAGGGCCUCGCUGUGGACGCAACGCUUCUUACUGCGAUAGUGGGUAGCAUCACCACGUAUUUAUUAAUUUUAAUACAAUUCUUGGUCACAUCAAAAUCUUGCGGAUCGAAGUCCGCCAAUAACACGCAGACAAAAUAAUUAUAUGUAUUAUAAAAAAAUGUUUUAACAUAAAAACUUCUAACUUUUGGCAUUAAAAUUAAAACUGCUUACCUCGGUACGAAUCUGAUAUUAAAAUUAAAACAAAUUAAUGCCCAUCAUGUCAAUAGCCCAAUAUGAUGUGAAAUUCGUUUGUGUUGUGUAAAAAUAUGCUUAAUUAAUAAUUCGAGUUCUAUUUCUAACGACACAGUUAUUUUACGAUGGCUAGCGACAGUUUAGUAACACAGACAUACAUAAAAGAGCAAUUAAAUUUCAUUGACGCAACAUGAACAGCGAUAUCAGUGCGGAAAUUCAACGAUAAAUGCAAUCUUCGAGGUCUAAAAUUACAUGUCAACACUUCGCGCUGCAGAAGAAUGGAUUGCGUUGCAAGCUGCAACGCAUGUAAUUUUUAGGCAAUUUCUUCCCAUAACUCUUGUCUUUGUCGUCAACGAGUGAUCCAGGGAAGUGACUUUUGACCCUGCCUAUCACUUUACUAUUGCUAAAUCGUAAAUUCGUAAUUUUGCUUGUCCCUGAAUUUUUUUACAAUUGUAAAUGUGUACUUCGUAUUUUAAAGGAAUAAAGAUUUAUUGCUAUGUCGAUUUGACAUUUUGUUAUCUGGUAUUCUUAAAAAAGAAACGAAGAUACCGCCUUCUCAAUAUCUUUGUUAACGACGGCUGAUUGAAGUAAACGAUGUUAAAAUGAGCUCAUGGAAACGCUUGUGGAACAAAAAAAAAAUAAUUUAUCGCGGGUUAUUAGAGGUGCAAUAUAAUAAGAAAUACGUCGUACGUCUACUGCGGUUUGUAUUGUUUAACAGCAAUUCGCCGGCGAAGGCCAAACACAAGUUUUCAUUCAGGCAUGUAGGGUGUAGCCGGAUCGCGAUCUAUUGUCGUCAAGGUCAACGCUCUACUGCGCGAUAAUAUAUCCACACAUAGUCGCAAAGGUUAAUUUAAACUAAAAGGCUAAAUGCGUUAAUAAUUUCAAUCGGACUUUAAUGCUGUGACGCGAGGCUCGGGUCACGGCGAGCGGACGAUAUUAUUGUUUAUCUCACGCGCGAGCGCUGUGCCGACACUUUGGACAAAUUUUUUCUUCGAUCGGAUCACUUCGGAAUAGCCUUAGCCCCGUUCAACCCGUAUUUCGUCUAGAGUGUCUAGACCGACGAAAAAGCGACGAAAUCGAGUAUCGACGAAUGUAGGUCGGGCAAAUUAUUUCGGCACCGCGGCGAGACGCGCCGUUUAUCUCGCACUGGACAUCGGUCCACGUCCAGACGAAUAUAUUUCGGCGCGAGCUGAAUGAGACUGCAAUUAUGCAACAGCAGUACGCAUGCAAAUAAGCAUUGCCGCGCCGCCCGUCGUGGAAGAACGAUGCGUAUAAAAACUGAAAUGUCAACAGACGGGAGAGAGACAAAUGGCUAAUGGCAAAAUGCAGGAAGUUUUCGUUACGUGUUACAUAAUGCAAUGGCAAACAAACCGAGCGCAACAUCUUCCCUCCGAUGCAUUAGUAACUGUAGUCUAUCAUUAUUAUAACUUCAUAUUAAUUACCUGCGCCACGCAUUAACAUUUAGAAUACGUCGACGUAUACGUACAUUUUGUUUAUUUAUCUUGGAGAAUUUACGUUUCAAAACCAUUUUAUUUUUACGUUACUUAUUCGUUUACCCAUAAAUUUUAACGCUAAGAAAUGUUAUAUCAGUUACGUAAAUAUCAAUUUAACGCAAAGUAUUCAAAUGAUACAAUCGCAUUAUGUUAAAUUAGCACACGGAUAUGGUAAAAAUUCGAGACAAUUG